AUGGAACCAGAAAACCAAACACAUGUUUCAGAAUUCAAGCUUUUGGGGCUCUCAGAAGAGGCAGACCUGCAGCCCCUCCUCUUUGGAGUGUUCCUGUCCAUGUACCUGGUCACCUUCACUGGGAACCUGCUUAUCAUCUUGGCCAUCCUCAGGGACUCCCACCUUCACACACCCAUGUACUUUUUUCUCUCCAACCUUUCUUUAACAGACAUCUGUUUCACAUCCACCACUGUCCCAAAGAUGCUUCUGAAUAUCCAGAUGGAAAACAAGGUUAUUACUUAUGAAGGUUGCAUCACCCAAAUGUAUUUUUUCAUGAGUUUUGGAGUCUUAGACACUUUUUUGUUGACAGUGAUGGCGUAUGACCGGUUUGUGGCCAUCUGUCAUCCACUCCACUACACAGUCAUCAUGAGCCCCAAGGUGUGUGGCCUCCUACUUCUGGUGUCCUGGUUAUUGACUGUUCUACAUUCUCUAUUACAGUCUUUACUGAUUUUGCGCUACAUGGAACCAGAAAACCAAACAUAUGUUCCAGAAUUUACGCUUUUGGGGCUCUCAGAAGAGAUAGAACUGCAGCCCCUCCUCUUUGGGAUGUUCCUGUCCAUGUAUCUGGUCACCUUCACUGGGAACCUGCUUAUCAUCUUGGCCAUCAUCAGGGACUCCCACCUCCACACACCCAUGUACUUUUUUCUCUCCAACCUCUCUUUAACAGACAUCUGUUUCACUUCCACCACAGUCCCAAAGAUGCUUCUGAAUAUCCAGACAGAAAACAAGGUUAUUACUUACGAAGGCUGCAUCACCCAAAUGUAUUUUUUCAUGAUUUUUGGAGUCUUAGACACUUUCCUGUUGACAGUGAUGGCCUAUGACCGGUUUGUGGCCAUCUGUCAUCCACUCCACUAUACAGUCAUCAUGAGCCCCAAGGUGUGUGGCCUCCUACUUCUGAUAUCCUGGCUCUCAGUGGUUUCCUUGUUCUAUAGUACUGGUUUUGGGGUUUAUCUCAGUUCUGCUGCUUCUGAAAACUCUAGGGCCAGUGCAAUAGCCUCAGUGAUGUAUGCUGUGGUCACACCCAUGCUGAACCCCUUUAUCUACAGUCUCAGAAACAAGGACAUAAAACAGGCCCUACGGAAUACCCAGGGAGGAAGGAUUAACAAGCAUGAAGAGCCCAUACAAUAUGAGAUGCAUGCUUCAUGGAGGAUUUAUUUCUCCAAGUUUUCCUGGGAUACGUGGCAAUUUAUUCCUAGGAUUCCCAGUAAGAGGAAAAGAUUCCCAUCAGAGGUGAUGUGUCCAUUAAUUCAGUGGUCAGUUACAGACCAGGCAUUGCACAAUCCACCAUAUCCUUAA